AUGCGAGAGGCGCUUGUCUUAGUCCCCACUUCUUCCACACGCAGCCGACUCCAGGCUCGGCUCCGGGCGGGCGGCCUUCGGCUAGCGGCGCAUGCUCGCCCCUGCUCUCGCCUGCCCUCGGGCCGGGCCGGGACUCCUCCCGGGGUGGGUGCUGUCGAUAUUCAACCAGCAUGCCUUGGACUUUAUUGUGGGAAGACCCUAUUAUUUAAAAAUGGCUCAACUGAAAUAUAUGGAGAAUGUGGGGUGUGCCCAAGAGGACAAAGAACAAAUGCACAGAAAUAUUGUCAACCUUGCACAGAGUCUCCAGAACUUUAUGAUUGGCUUUAUCUUGGAUUUAUGGCUAUGCUUCCUCUUGUUUUACAUUGGUUCUUCAUUGAAUGGUACUCGGGGAAAAAGAGUACCAAUGCUUGCCUUUCAGAUUAUGCCUUCCCGUAUAUUAUAUUAGUGUUAUCUUUGGUUACUCUGGCUGUGUACAUGUCGGCUUCUGAAAUAGAGAACUGCUAUGAUCUUCUGGUCAGAAAGAAAAGGCUUAUUGUUCUCUUCAGCCACUGGUUACUUCAUGCCUAUGGAAUAAUCUCCAUUUCCAGAGUGGAUAAACUUGAGCAAGAUUUGCCCCUUUUGGCUUUGGUACCUACACCAGCCCUUUUUUACUUGUUCACUGCAAAAUUUACCGAACCUUCUCGGAUACUCUCAGAAGGAGCCAAUGGACACUGAAUGAAAAAAUUUUAAAUGCCAAAAAACCUAAGAAGUGUUCUUAGUUAAAAAGUAAAGAAAUUUGAAAAACUUAUUAAUACUAUUCUGUCAUACAUGGGAACAAAAUUGUCAUUGUAUCUUCUGUUUGAGUUUUGUUUUGUUUUUUUGACUUAAAUAGACUUUAUGGUUAGGCCUGUAGACUUGGAAAGUACAAAAUACCAUAAUACCGUUACUUAGUAUAACAUUAUCUGUUUCACUAGAAGCCUGUUAGGAAGCACUUGCCUUUCUCACAGCUCAGUUAUUCUCUAGAGCAAAAUCAUGUUUCUGUGUACCUAGCAAUGUGUUGUUCCCAUUUUAUUAAGAAAAACUUCAACAAAUAUAACCUGAAAUCCUUAGCAGUGGCAGAAUUGUGCAUGCCUGUUAUAUUUCAAUCUGUUUUCCACCUGUAAUGAAUUAUAAAGACAA